AUGGAUGAUGAGGAUAUGCAUAAUCGUUCCAUGUCUUUGCAAGGUGUGGAAGAUGAGCCACACAAUCAAUCACAAUCAGAGCAACAAACAACCGACUCUCAGAAGAAGAAAAAGAAGCCAAGAGGUCCUUCAAAGGGCCUGAAAUCCAUGCCUGAGGUUCCUAGAGUGCUUGAAUGGGAUGAAUUGUGUCGACCCAUUGGAAAGUGGGCAAAAGCAUACAAAACUCAUCUUGGUGAAAUAAGCCGUGCAAAGGUGUCUAUAUUGGCCUUGAGUGACUUACUCGAUACCGUGGAUGUGGCUUCCAUUGGAUUCAUGUGUCCGGAAAUGAUUUCAGAAACCUAUUUGCAUAGUGAUGCAAAUCGUAUCCUACUAUACAUGACACAUGUGAUGGAAAAACAAAAAUCUAAGCAGUUCAUCUUAUGCCCAUACCAUGAAAAGAAUCAUUGGGUUCUUUUGGUCUUAUGCAUGGCUAAGCGUGAAGUCAUCAUCUUUGAUUCUUUGAGGCAGAAGCGAAAUUUAGUAAUUAAGUUUGCAAUGACAAAUGCUUUUCGAAGUUUUAAGGCAUUAAGUGGACAAUCUAGGGGAAGUAAAUUGACAUGGCAUUUGGGACAGUGUCCUCAACAAUUGGGUGGACGUGAGUGUGGCUACUACGUCAUGCGUUAUAUGUACGAAAUACUUGAACAUCAUGCAUUAUAG